UCGGCUACUAUCAGUGUGUCGCGUCGAACGAGGUGGCAACCAUCGUGUCCGCCACGCAGCUGGUCAUCGAAGGGACGCAACCGCACGCACCGUACAACCUGAGCGGUUCCGCGACGGAGUUCUCCGUCACGCUCGCCUGGAUGCCCGGUUACAGUGGUGGGCCGGAUUACAAGCAGGACUACACCAUCUGGUAUCGGGAGGCGGGCGUCUCGGAGUGGUCAACCAUUCCCGUGACACCGUCCGGUAGUACGCAGGUCACUAUCAACCGGCUGUCACCGGGGACGACCUACGAGUUUCAGGUGAUAGGCAAGAAUGCGCUCGGCGACGGUAUGAUGAGCAAGGUGAUAACUAUUCGAACUCUUGACGCUCAAAAGGCUAAGAAACCUUCGACGACAACGGCGGCGCCUAACGAUAAAGAAUUCAAACAUGCACCAGAAGACUUGGGUCCAAAGCCGGGUCAGCCAAGGAACGUCACGGUGGUGGAGAUACCGAAUGGUUUUCUGAUCUCGUGGCAGGUUCCACUCGAACGGGCCCAUCUCGUGCAGUUCUACACGAUAAAGUACCGCACCGACGCCCAGUGGAAGACGCUCAACCGCGGCCAGAUCCGUCCGGAGGAGACAUCCUAUCUGGUGAAGAAUCUAGUCGGUGGGCGCACGUACUACUUCCGGGUGUUGGCGAACUCGCUAAAAAGCUACGAAACGAGCGAGGAGAUCAAGUUCCCGGUACCGGCUAGGGUUAAGCAUAAAGCUAUAACGGCGGGUGUGGUCGGCGGCAUACUGUUCUUCAUCGUAGCCAUCAUCUUAUCGAUCUGUGCCGUGAAGAUAUGUAAUAAGCGUAAGCGUAGAAAACAGGAAAAAGAACUCAACAUGGUAACGGCGAGGCUAACAGAUAGGAACGCACUUAGUCAACCCAUACCCUUGAAAAGAUAUAUGCAAGGAGAAAGAAAAGCGAGCCGAAUUCCCGGCCUAAACAUACUGAUAGCUAUAUUACACUGGAUUUGGCCACCAGGACGUUGUCAAAACUGUGAUUCUAUAUAUUCGAAUAAAUUUAUCGGCGACCAAUCGUUGAACGUGGGACAAAUUCAUCGCUCACCGGACGGGCGGUUUGUGCUGUCCCAGGAUCUAGUGGACGGUAUCGUGUCGCUGCGCAACAGCAUCGUAUCGCAGUACAGCAGCAGUGACGAUGGUGGCUUUCUCGCCACCAAGCGACUUCCCUCGCUUACCAAGGCUUCCUGGCGCCGGCCGCUCGUAUCCUACCCGAGCCAGCUAAGCCUGCAGAUGGAGACGGCGUUUGGCAACCGUGUCGGUGAUGUGGUCGGUGUUGGAAGGGGCCAGAUACCGCAGCUGGCCGAACCGCAGCAUUCCCUGUACACCAACACGAUGCCGGACGGCAAUGGCAUGAUAUCGUCGAUCAGUGGCACGCUGCAGCCAAUGCUGGCGCAAACGAUCUACACGACGCCGUCUAGAAUUUCGAAAGUCGUGGCUAGCUCGCCGGCCACGUCCAGCCCGCAGGUGGUCAACUCACCCUGGUCGCCACUGUACUUCAGCGAUCUCAGCUCGGUGCAUCAUCUCAGCUCGGCUGAGCGUUCGUUCCCAACGCCCCAGAGUGCCCAUUCCGUGCAUCGGUACUACAACCACGAGCUGCCGGUACUGCAAAGCCUGCAGCAUAUGUCGUCUAAUCAUCAUCACCAUCACCACCAUCAUCAUCAUUCCGCGCACGGCUUCAUACCGGUACCGGACGUGUCCGUCAAUCUGCCGUACUACUACAAUGGUCAACCGAUUUCCUCCUCCCUGCCGGAAACGAACCAUCAAAAUCUGUAUCAAAACGUACCGUGGGGUUACCACUCCGGUGCGGCCGGAGGGUCCGUCGGUGGCACCCAUCCGUACAACAGCCGCUCAAAGUUUCUGUCCCGUUACUAUCCUCGUAGUUUGCCUCGAAACUUAAGCCGCGCCAUACCGGAGUUGCGUUCGCCGAUGUUGAAUCUCAACCUCAACACCACGUCGCUCAGCGGUGGCGUCGGGCUGGAGAACUCACCCCAGAGCUAUUCGAGCUCGAGUGGUUUUGGCAGCAAAAACACGUCCAGCAAUAACACCCAACCGAGCGGUACGUCCACAGCGACGAUCGCCGCUCCUUCGCAUCACAACAUUUUGCGUGAAUGGCGUUAUCUACCACCGUACAGGCCACCACCACCGCCGCCCAGCCUUCACCAUGCAGCGCCAUUGUCGAUAGCGGGAGGUCGUUUCGAAAAUCCGCCAUACUCCAUGUCACACUGGCUGGAACUGAUCACGCGCCUUAAUAUAGCGUCGGAAAAGGCCAACAUCAAUAAUACGGCCGACGUCGGUAGCGUCGAUGGGCACUACGAGUUUGAUCCUUCCACACCAACGCCUACCGCUUCCACACCGACCGGCAUGAUGCGGGACGAUUUCCACCAUCUGAUGACACUCCCGUCCACAUCGAGCGAUCUGCUGUGGAGUGCAACGGGCCUGACCGGUGUCGUUUCCUCGCUGAGCGGAGGCAGGAAACGAGGCCAAUCGCGGUACGACAAUAUUGAUGCGCGCGUCCAGGCCAUGAAGGAGGAAUUCAACGAGUAUCGCAAACGCCAGCAGCUCCAGGCCGUUAAUGGGCCGAGUGUGGUAGAGCUCGAGAGUGCCUGCUAGGUGAUGUGGUUGAACCUUCCAUAGUCGAGUACCACGUUUCGAGGUCCCAGCAGUAAGCUGUAGGUGCACAGAUGUAUUCUCGAAGCGAUCCAAAUCGGCAACAAAGAGAAGGGUUUUGUACAUCGUUAACGGUAGCUCGUAUACUUAAAAUGGCGAUGGAUACAGUAAGGGGUGGAGGAAUACAAUCGAGUUCCGAGUUUUCCGAGUUUUAAUUUUCUUGCUGUGAUUAGUGUGAGAGUUUCCUGUCGCGAGAUACGGCUGCAGACUCGAGCCUGACUACUGGAUCCGGUUGGUCUGUGCAAAGCAAUAGCAAUGACAUUAUUUUAACCCGUUUUAUACGUGCCGGACGCCGGGGCGGCUAAUAAGAGAUUUCCGUUGAGAUUUAAUGUGUUGCACAGAGAGCGCAAAAGGAAACAGGAAAGGUAGAUCGUCACUACCCUUACGGUACCGUAUUACCAUUCCUAGUAAGCCAUGAACAUUAUUGCUAAGCAAGCAAACGACAUAACCGUUAUAUGGAGCAGAUCGAAUCGGCUGGAACGACGGAAUGAGUAUAUGAUGAUCCCCGUUCAUCAUCAGGUCAAGAUUUGCGAUAAAAACACACAACACACACUGGCAAGAAAAUACAACAAAAAAAAAGGUUUUUUCAGAACACGUAUAGAACGCACGCUCACACCUUUACUGAUUACUAAAAAAAAUCACCCAUUUCACAAGACAAAACUUAAAAUGGAACAAAAAACCAUUUGUAAACGAUAAAACCCAAAAAAAAAACAAACAAUUUUCUGCACAUAGUGAAGCGA